UGUGUCGUCACGAAAGAUUCCGGAGCCCUCACGCGGAUGUCGCUCACUCCGCCGGCACCGCUUCACCGGGACUGACGCGUUUUACCCCCCCACUAUAAAUUUACUCUUUGAAUCAAAGGCUUUUUGGACACGUCAUCUGGGUAAGCCAUGCCGUCAGUUCCCUCCAUCAAAGAGGCGCCCGCCAACGGCCCUGUGUGCCCUCACGCUGCCAAGCUGCACAACCACAGCAAUGGAGACGGCAAACUGCGGGAGGGCUCGUUACCGCUGAACGGGGUCGACAAGAAACCCACGGCGGUGGACGCCGAGGAGUCGCACCAAACCAUUCAGAUCGGCACAAAGAACGCGUCUCCAGAGAGGAAAUGGAUCCGGCCCGACCUUCCCAGCCGCUGCACAUGGACCCUGGGAGCCUCGGGAGCCGACUCUCCUCACAUGCAGGUUCCAAGGAACGUGGCCCCGACCAUUCUCCCAAACAUCCUGCACAGGAUCGGUGACACUCCCUUGGUCCGCAUCAACAAGAUCCCCAAGGCGUUUGGACUCAAAUGUGAAAUACUGGCCAAGUGUGAGUACUUCAAUGCCGGCGGCAGCGUCAAGGACCGGAUCAGCCUCCGGAUGGUGGAGGACGCUGAGAGAGCCGGGCUCCUCAAGCCUGGAGACACCCUUAUAGAGCCCACCUCUGGCAACACUGGUAUUGGAUUGGCCCUGGCUGCAGCAGUGAAAGGUUACCGCUGCAUUAUUGUCAUGCCGGAGAAAAUGAGCAUGGAGAAGGUGGACGUGUUGAGAGCUCUUGGAGCUGAGAUCGUGCGCACGCCCACCAGCGCUCGCUUCGACUCGCCGGAGUCUCACGUGGGCGUCGCCUGGCGCCUCAAGAACGAAAUCCCCGACUCCCACAUCCUGGACCAGUACCGCAACCCGAGCAACCCGCUGGCUCACUACGACACCACCGCCGAGGAGAUCCUGGAGCAGUGUGGCGGCAAACUGGACAUGCUGGUGGCCGGAGCAGGCACAGGGGGGACGAUCACAGGUAUCGCCCGCAAGCUGAAGGAGAGAUGCCCCAACAUCAAGAUUGUUGGUGUCGACCCAGAAGGCUCCAUCCUGGCUGAGCCUGAGGAGAUUAACAAGACGGAUAAGACCCAGUACGAGGUGGAGGGCAUCGGGUACGACUUCAUCCCCACCGUGCUCGACAGAUCAGUGGUUGAUUCCUGGUACAAGAGCAAUGACGAGGACUCCUUCAACAUGUCCCGUAUGCUGAUCCGAGAUGAGGGUCUGCUGUGCGGAGGCAGCUCUGGAACGGCCAUGGCAGCUGCGGUGAACGCCGCCAAGGAGCUGAAGGAGGGCCAGCGCUGCGUGGUCAUCCUGCCAGACUCCAUCCGCAACUACAUGUCCAAAUUCCUGAGUGACAAAUGGAUGGUAGACAAGGGCUUCCUGCGGGAGGAGGACCUCAUGGUGAAGAAGCCAUGGUGGUGGAACUUGAAGCUGCAGGGUUUGAACCUGUCUGCCCCCCUCACCGUGCUGCCCACCGUCAGCUGCCAGAAGACGAUCAAAAUCCUCAAGGAGAAGGGAUUCGACCAGGCUCCCGUAGUGGAUGAGGCUGGGUUAAUUCUGGGCAUGGUGACUUUGGGGAACCUGUUGGCGUUGAUCCUGGCAGGGAAAAUCAAGGUGUCAGACCCGGUCAGCAAAGUGCUCUACAAGCAGUUCAAACAGAUCCGUCUGAACGAUAACUUGGGAAAGCUGUCCAGGAUCCUGGAGACCGAUCACUUCGCCCUGGUUGUACACGAACAGAUCCAAUACUUGACGGACGGCUCUCCCAGCCUGAAGCAGAUGGUGUUCGGGGUGGUGACGGCUGUGGACCUGCUCAACUUUGUCACAGGGUGGGAAAGGAGGGAGCGAUCCAUGUCGGAGUCGACUGACGAGAUGUGAUUGAAUGACUGAAAUACGCGCUCCUGUUCUUCAUACAAUGACAAAACAAACAAAGCGCCAAGUUUAGUAGCCUUUAGUGUCUGAGGGAUGGUGUAGUAAUUUUAAGUUAUGUUAUGAUUGAGCUUAGCUUCUUUUUUUCCUCUUUUUCUUUUGGAAGAAAAUGAUUUGUUGUUUUUUUAAUGUUUGAACCUGAGUCUAAAAUAUAAUAAACAAAUUAUACUGUGCCACUCGGUCAUUUUGUGAUACUUCCGAUUUGGGGCACGUGAUUAUUACUUCUUAUAACUGCUGCUGUAGUGUUCUAAGCAAUAUUUUGUAAGUUCAGAACCUUAUUUGUCUAUUUGUCUAAGUAUGUGAUGGUUUCAUUGCGGCUUUCUGUACCGAUCAAACAUUACCAAUAAUAGAAGACCUUCAUCUCAUUUAUCAAGAUAAGACAAGUAGACAGCUGCUGUGUAUAUACAAAAAUAUGCUCUUCGGUGUUGCUCACUAUGUGCUGCUUUUUCAUUUGAGUAUGUGUACACUGGAAGAAAUACAUACAGGGUGUAAUCACAUUUCUUUAAACGAUCAUGCAGUGGUGUUCCCCACUCCCAUUUCAACUCAGUGCCUGCGAUGAUACUAUAAAGUGACUGUUGAAUCUUA